CUGAACUUUCCAGAUGCGAUUUUAGUGUUGUUUCCAGUGAGUUUUUUCGAAUGUUGGCGACCUUGCCAGUUGUUUUUUGCAUUAGAUAAGUAGAUAAUUGCAGAUAAGAUAAAUGAGACUGUCCCAAACGGUGGCUAAAGUGACCCGUGGAAGCGACUAGAAAUCGAAGAAAAAACAGGAUUUCUACUAUGAUAACAAUAUAACGAAUACAGCUUAACCUGACGCAUCCGCUGGCAACAAUGCUUGACAACAAAGCCGUAUAAACCAGAACAAACAGCAGCGCGUAAAAUGUCCGAUACCGUACCCGAGCCGCCAAAGCAGCAUUCGAGCUCGAGCACUGAGAUAUCAUCGCAAUCGCCCUCGGCUCCCAGUGCGGUGGAAUCGCCACUAGCAGCUUCUUCGCCGUCGUCGACCGAUUCGCCCGCUAUCAUCGAAACCACCAACACUACCCUGACGUUGGACGAUCAAGGAAAGCCACCGUUAGCCACAGAAGAAGAUUCCAGUAGCACAACUAGCAACAUUCCAGCGGUCACCGUGACCGUUAUCGAGAGUUCAGUUUCAGCGCGGAACGGUUCCUCAACGAUUGCCUCAUCCAUUCCGGUUGAAUCGACAGUUACGGCCACGGUCCACCAGCUCGCGAUCACCGUUGAGCGACAAGCAUCAACCAAUUCCACUGAGGGAACCAUGUCGAACAGUAACAACAAUAGCAACGCCGGCGGUUCCGGAUUCCGAAAUUCGUUUAACGGGCGAGUUCCUUUCGCAAGAAUUCUAUCUACCGGCAGCUCCGGUGAACGGCGAACGAUCGGCAAUGAUGCGGGACGUGUCUCAGGAAACCUAAGCAAUAAUCUGUUGAAUGACAUUUUUGCCUUCGUGCAGCAAGCGCGCAACCCAAAUAGUCUAUUCUCGUCGGAAAGACGAAAUCUAUUUCUACAGUCCGGCCGAUCCGUGUCCCACAUGCCAGGAAGCAGCACACCACCGAUCGGUCACGCCACCACCGGCAAUCCAAGCGAUGUAGUUAUUGAUCUUGACAACGCUACCGGACCGUCUCUCCGUUCGUCCAACAAUGAAAUCUAUCCUAUUUCGACAUCCUCGUCUAUCAACAGUGGCAUCCGGCCAAACUCCUGGAUGCCUACCAACGCAACAGAUGAUGACUCUGCGGCCGGGCGCGCAUCCAUUAUGCCGAAUUUCAACUAUCACCACCAUCACCAUCAUUUCCACAACCACCAGCCACUGUCCACCAUUCACCCCCACCAACAUCUCCCGCACCCCCAACCAGUACUUCUGCAACAAAUGCAAGCAGCUCAGCAAAGUCAAUCAGCUUCCUUGGGAGCAAGCGUCCCCGUUAACGGAGGUGCAGCCAACGAACUCCCUCAACGGCCGAGCUCUCCAACUAAUCCAAAUCCUAACAAUGGCACUCGCAGCAACAGUGUCAGCUCCAAUCAGCCAACCGAUGAGGCCACUGUCCAUGAGGCCCUUAACCAGAUACCAGAGGCUCGGGCCAUGAUGGACACAUUUGCCCGGUACAUCCCUCUGUUGUUCAUCCUGGUCACCAAACUGUGCUACGAUCACCUGGACGGCAUCGUUCACUUCCUCGCCCUAUUGAUGACCUUUUCCCACGCUAAUUGGGUUGUGCGCCAGGAGAUAUCCAAGCAGGCUCAGAAACGAAUAGUGGUCCUGCUACGUGAACUGCUGUUCAUCGGAAUCGCUCUGGCCGUCGUCGGUUUUGUUCUCGAGCGAAAGAACAUCUUCCUCAGCAUCCUGUUCAUGCCGGAUCUCUCCGAGCCGCAGAGCCUCAAAUCCCUGCUAUUCUCCGUGUGUAUGUCCGAUCUGGUGCUCAAACUGAUCACCAUCAUUGCCAAGAUCAUAAUCACCCUAAUGCCUCCAAGCGUGAUCGAGUACAAGAGUCGGGGCAAAAUAUAUCUGAUGGCGGAAUCGCUAUCCCAGUUAUACCGUGCCGCCGCUCCCAUCCAACCAUGGUUGAUAUUCCUGUUCGAGUCUUAUUCCGGUUCUGAAAAGAUCGUCGGCGUCAUUCUGUCCGCAGUAUAUAUGGUUGCCAAAUCAUCAGACUUGCUCGAUCGCAUUAAGUUCUGCAAACGGUCGGUUAUCAAGCUUCUGCAGAAAACGAGCUACGGAACGAUCCCAUCUAAGGAGCAACUGCAAGCCUGUGGAGGACAGUGCCCCAUCUGCCACGACAACUUCAACUCGCCGGUGCUGCUCGAGUGUAAUCACAUCUUCUGCGAAUUGUGCGUCGGAACAUGGUUCGAUCGGGAGCAGACCUGCCCGCUCUGUCGGGCAAAGAUCGUUGACGAUCCCUCGUAUCGGGACGGUGCUACCACGUUCUUCUUGCAGCUGUACUAAGCCGCGCAUCGAUUGGCUUUUUGCCCGCGUCAAGUGUAUUACAGUCAAACGGUCCAUUCACAGUAUAGAAUUGUGCGCAGACUAAUGACAAUUCCGUUUGUUGAGUAAACCACAAACAGCGUUUGUUAGUUGUUUAUUAUAGAUUAUUUUAACAGAAUUUUGGAGGCACGAUAUUGCUCCUAGAUCGGCGACAAGGAGUUUUUCGACGCUCCAGAAAAGCUCAUACACGUUUAUCCGACUGAACUUUUUGGGUCAAACACAAAUUGUAAGCAAAUACAUGAGUUUUAUCAGAUAAGUUUACCCUUCAUACGUUUUGAACUACACAUAAAAUACAAAGCAGUUUACACAGAUAGUGGUAUAUAAACAAAAUCGUUUUUAUUGUGUUUUUGUAUUGAACUUCAAUUCGAUUAUUAAAGUGAGAAAUCAACAAAGAAAAAGAAACAGUUUGCGUGCUGGGAAGAAUGUGAUGAUAGAAGUGCUAUUUGAACAUUGUAAAAUUGACUGAAAAAAGAAUGUGUUAUAAUUGCGUGUAGAGGUAGCAUGAAACGGUAUGCUCGGAUGUUUCAGAUUUCUUCCCAUUUUCCAUGGUUCAACGUAAUCAUGAACUGUGGACAACAGUAGGGAUCUGAUACAUCAGAAUCCAGCCAAAGUAAGCUAUUCUAUCUUUAUUACCAUAAUCAAAAGAAUUAAUUCGUGAACAGAAGGCAUCGAUAAGUGAGAGCGGCUCUCCCAUUUCUGAUCGGGAUGUUAAGAAAAACAGUGAACAUUAAUCGAACGAGGAAAAUAAAGCAAAACCUAUACAUACCUAUGUAAAUUAUCAAUUACAAAACAUUAUUUUCAAAAAUAAAAACAAACAUUGCUAGUUAA